UUCCUUGGAUUCGACUUCAAUGGGCAAACCGGAGAGGAAAGCCAGAGAGAAGACAUUCUCUUCGUCUUCUUAUUUUCUUCGUUGUUUCGGUAUUUCCCGGAAAAUACAUUCACACAAACCAACUCUAGACGACGACGCCGGUCAAGAUAGGAGACGUUGGUUUUCACGAGCGACAAAAUGUCGUCUGAAAAACUGCCAGAUCAAAACGAUGCCGGAGAAACAAAAUUGGACUAUUGAAGAUGAUAAGCAAAAUCUGUUGCGGGUGAUACGUCAAGUUACUAAUCAGAAGAAUGUGGCUGCCGUUGAACAGAAAACCAAAGAGAAAAAAAUGAGCGAGCAAAGAGACAUAAACCCGGAACCGUUGACUUUAUCAGGAUACGACAUGUGUUACGAACAGGCAUCAACUACUACAGUUCGUGUCGGGAAACUUGAACCGAAUAAAACCGUCGGGUCCGGGUCAAAACGGGAGAAGUCUUCGCGGGUUGACCCGGUGAUUGGGAUAUCAAUCAUAGUGCUAACGCUAAUGAUCAUGUUGAUGUGGGGACGUUUGUGUGCGGUUCUUUGUACAUGUACUUGGUGUUACUUUCUCCCUCGUCUCAAACGCAAACGCAUUGGUGGCGGUAAAGCCGAAGGCAAAGAUGAUUCGGAUUUGAACUCUGCGGCUUAUAAGAAAAAAAUCGUUUUGGAUGGAUUUCUGGUACGGCGGCAACGCCGCGUUUUGAUGUGACCACGACUUUAUUAUUGAUUGCUUUCCCUUUAGUUAAUCUCUGUUUAUUCAUUAAUUUUGUACAUGUCUUAACGACUGAUAUUAUUCACUUCAUUCAUCAUUCGUGCACGCACAUUUCAAUAUCCACUGUCA